UCGAUUUUUCGAAAUUUGCUGGACGUGAAUCGUUCAUACGAUUGCCCCUUGGAUCAUUGCGAAGCGGUGAAUCCGUAGCCUUUUUUAGUUUUAAUUUUUGGCGGCUUGCGGUUCGACUGUUGCCUGCGACGCCGAUGCUAGGGUUUCGGGGGCGGUUCUUUGCCCUAAUCGGCAGUUGCUUGUCUCGAGAAGAGUGCAAUCUCGCGUUGGAUUUCCAGUCCACAAUGCUCUGAAAUCUUGAAAAUGAAUUAGAGUCAAAACCUUCGGUGGCCUUCCUCGUCCCUGAGCUGGGGCUUCCUUCAAAUUUCUUAUUUUGUCGAAAACGAGGUUCAUUGCCAUAUAAUCCCCCUGUAUAUUUACAGGUUCUUUCUUUCGUUGUGCACAGAAACAGCUCUGAUUGAGGCAUAACUUGGUCCUGGAGGAGUAAUUGCACCAAGUGGUCUGCUGAUCGUUAUAUUUUUCUCUCGUUCGUAUUGUGCCGUGCGACAUACACAACGAUGUCGGUGACAGCAGGAGUGAGUGACACUGUAAUUGCCGUUAGGGAUAAACUUAGGGGUAAAAUUGGACAGACCAAGGUCAAAAGAUAUUGGCCUGGUAAAGUUCCUGAGUGGGCAGACGAAGCUGAUGAAGAUGGGGAUAUCAGGAUGGCCAGGGCAGUUGCCCUGGAUAAAGCUUUCCCUACUUAUGAAGGUUCAGAUAUUGGCAAGAAAGAUGAUCCCAGGUUGCGGCGUCUGGCCGAGAGCAGGAUAGAUAACCGCGAUGAGAUCAGAGCGGAUCACCGUCGCAUUCGGCAAGCUGAGAUUGUUUCUACCAUUGAAGAGGAAAACAGAAGACAGGAGGGCCUGGAGGCAGAAGAAGAGGAUGCAGAGGCUUUAGAAGAACGGAGGAGAAAGAUAAGGGAGAAGUUGCUUCUGAGGGAACAGGAAGAGGCGGCACUCCUUCCCGAAGAGGAGGAGGAGGAGGAAGAGGAGGAGGAAGAAGAGGAAUCUGAGUAUGAGACGGACUCGGAAGAAGAGACGAAAGGUAUUGCCAUGGUGAAGCCAGUUUUUGUCGUCAAGUCGGAGAGGGAUACUAUUGCUGAAAGACAGCGACUUGAGGAAGAAGAAAGAGCCAUUGAGGAGCUAAUGAAGAGAAGACAAGAAGAGAGAAAGGCGGAGACGAAGCAGAUUGUGGUUGAGGAGAUCCGGAAAGACGAAGAAAUCCAAAAGAAUCUGGAAAUGGAAGCAAACAUUGCCGACGUGGAUACUGAUGAUGAGCUUAACGAGGCUGAGGAGUAUGAAGCGUGGAAGGCAAGAGAGAUUGCAAGGAUCAAGAGGGAUAGAGAGGACCGUGAAGCAAUGUUGAAGGCGAAGGAAGAGAUUGAAAAGGUGAGAAACAUGACAGAGGAGGAAAGGAGGGAGUGGGAACGAAAGAAUCCCAAACCUUCUUCGGCACCAAAGCAGAAGUGGAGGUUCAUGCAGAAGUAUUACCACAAGGGUGCCUUCUUCCAAUCAGAAGUUGAUGAGCAUGCUGGAACAGCUGGAUCGGAUUACAUUUACGGCCGCGAUUUCUCUGCUCCAACCGGGGAGGAUAAAAUGGACAAAACUAUUUUGCCGAAAGUCAUGCAAGUCAAGCACUUUGGUCGGAGUGGAAGGACGAAGUGGACUCAUCUUGUUAAUGAAGAUACAACUGACUGGAACAAUCCUUGGACCUACAAUGACCCUCUCAGGGCAAAGUACAAUGCAAAGAUGGGUGGAAUGAAUGCUCCCAUAGCGAAACCCAAAGGAAGCAAGAAAUUGAAGGACUGGGAGUCUCGAUGAAUCUGUUGAAGUGCUGAGGAGUGCCCAUAGGCCAGAUAUCCUCCUUAGGUGUUCUGUAGCAGAGAACAUAUCAUUCUUGGCUGAGGCAGCACUGGAUAAUGUAGAGAGGUUGACUGCCCCUAAGAUGCAGAUAUUGAUGCAAUCUUGAUGGUUGGAAGCAGUCCAGCUCGUUAGAUAUUGUAUUUAAUUAAUUACUGAUUAGUCUCGACAUAUCUAUUUUCCAGCGUUACAUUUGUAAUGCUUCGCCA